AUGUCCUCAACCAACAACACCGCCUUCACUGCCCCGAUCAACCCACCAGGCGCAACACCCGUUAUCACCCUCGAUCAAAUCUGGAAUGGCCUCCUCCUCAAGAUCCGCUCCGCAGAGACAUUCGUUCCAGCAGCGAUCCAAUCCACCAACGUCGUCAGUGACUCCGUCGACCCAUCAACCGGCAACCAGGUCACCGUUCGCGAAAUCCUUUUCCGCGAAACCCAACAAACAGUUCAAGAGACCGUUACAGCUUUCAAGCCUACCCGGGUAGACUUUGAGCAGCCCAGUGGCAGCAAAAUCAGCAACGUGAUUAGUCAAGGAGCUGGUGGGGAGCUCUACAUGACGUAUAUCUUUGAAUGGAGACACCCCGGUGUCUCGGAGGUGGAGCUGGCGGCGCUGUUCGAGAAGGAGAAGAAGAUGAGCCAGAUGGCAGUUGAGGGGACAAUCAAGGUGUUGAGGCAAUUGGUUGAGGAGAAGAAGCUUUAA